AUGCCUUCCUCGAAUCUCCCUUCUCACAACGCCUCUCUCCGAAGACUCUAUCCCCGUCGUCCUCGCCCGUCCGUCGCGUCAAUAGCAGAUAUUUUUGUCGGCUCGCUGAUUCUGGCAAGCUUUUGCCAUGAACACUCGCCAAAUCGCCGGGGGUUAUCGACAGUGGCCUGGAGUCCCUCCGAUCAAAAUCUGCAGAGAUUCCGGAGCAAAGGGACGCCUGGUCACAGAAGACUACCACCACGACAAAAACCUGAGUAUUCACGCUCAAGGUUACAUCUGUCGCAGCCCAGCAGAUUGAUCAGCAGCGGAUUGGCACGUACGAAUGAUGAUGAUACAGAGGAGUAUAACAUUGAUUCCGAGCCACAGGAUGAGAGGGAGGCGGACAGCGAAUAUAUACCCUUGUGGCCGGGAGACAAUGCGGACGAAAAAUCGCAAACCCGUUGUGAGAGAUUUGAUUUCGCAGAAGAAAUCAACCAGAGAAUAGAGAUGAAAAAAUAUACAAAAUCCGACGUCGACCCCAAAUCACCGGACAACUACUGUCACCAAUCCUUGCCGUCAUGGCAGGAUCCCCAGGAGGAGAAACGCUUUUUUACCUCCAAGCUGUACCAAAGGUCAUUGGCAGGUCAUGACUGGAAGGAAGCAGUGAAUACUAUUGCGCCAUAUUCGCAAUACACGAAGACGCAGAGAGAUACAUCGCGGGAUCAAAUGGAAAUCCACUCAGUUGAGAAGCUUGUCAGAACAUUGUGGGAAGAGCCAAAUCCAUCCACCCAGUACCUGUUCAGAUUAUACCGAGAUCUUCCUGCUCCGGGAGUUGCAUUGCUCUCGCAACGCACCCGAGGUGCUCUACUGCGUUUGUUUGCGCACCCUCGAGACCGACGAUGGGUAGAUGCUCGUCGCUACUUGGCAUUGGUGGAUGACAUGGUAACUGCUCGACUUCCCGUCUCCCGGUCACUCUGGUCAUCUGCGAUUCACCUCUCAGGCCGAGCCAAUGGCAAAGUAUUGAAACGCGAUCUUAUCCGAGCAGUUGGCUUGUGGCAGAAAAUGGAACAUGUCGCUGGGGUUAAAGCUGACGAUGUGGUUUUCAACAUUCUCUUUGACAUCGCGAUCAAAGCCGGCGCUUUCAAAGUUGCCGAUCGUCUGGAGGAGGAAAUGACUGCUCGGGGCCUGAGUUUCUCACGAUGCGGAAAGGUUUCCAAAAUCUAUUAUUUCGGUAUGAUGCGGGAUGCUGAAGGCAUUCGCGAGGCCUUUGACGAUUUCGUGAAAUCAGGCGAAAUUGUUGACACUGUUGUUAUGAACUGCGUGAUUGCCUCAUUCCUCCGGGCAGGCGACACUCAAACCGCGGAGCAGCUCUACGCGCGGAUGCUAGAGAAACAAUCAAGCAAGAACAAACAGCUGUCGCAUUUGGAGGACGAAUCCCACUCUCACAUCGGUGGGUCAAACCUGAGCUACGACAUGCCUGUGUAUCGGGAAAAAGCCCGAAAACUGGGCCGUGUAUUGAAGAAAUCAUCAGCGCUCAAGGAGAAGUUCCCAGAACACCACCGUGCGCUUCAAGACUCUCUUUCCAUGACGCCUGAUACGCGAACGUUUUAUGUAUUCCUGCGACACUACGCCUAUACCACUGGCCAGCUCGAUAGCUUUAUGGCUGUCAUGCGCGACAUGGAGAAGACAUUUGUCGUCCCACCACGUGCAAUCAUCUAUCUGUUCCUCUUCGAAGGGUUUGCGCUUCAUGGUCGGAGGAAAAAGCAAUGGAGUGCGGAAAAUCUUCGGCUGACAUGGCAUGCAUACAUUCGGGCUCUGCGUGACUCGAAUGCCAGGCUCCGUGGAUUGAAUCUGAACAACAGAAAGAUGACGUGGGAGAAUCCAUUGGCCAAGAGCGUGACAAUCGAUGUCGAAGAGUUACCAGUGACCGACUCCCCCAACGGGUUGUACAUGGCUUUGCCAACGGCAGAUACUGUCAACAAGGCAGAUAGUUCCGAAGAAAUACCCGACAACAUCAUCGAAGAUGACCCUGAAACCAAUGAAGAAGUUCUUAAGUCUGAGCUAGACGAGGCAGAUGAGUCCGCGGGAAUUGAAGAGCUUGAUGUAGAUGAGGUUUUCAACCCUCGCUCGCAGUUCCCAGGCGAAGCCGAGCCAGAACCCUGGGACCCCGAGAAGCGUCUCGAGAACGGUCUUUUCGUCGGACGUCGGAUGAUCACCGUUAUCCUGCAAGCAUUUGGCACAUGCUGUGGUCCCAAAGAGGUUUUGGAGGUUUGGUUGCAACUUGAGCGACUUUGGCAUCCACAGCAGCGCAAAGCGAUCGAUGUCUUUGCCAUCAAGGAAGAGCUUGACAGGCAGAUGUCUAGAGAUCCUCAUCGCAACCGUUGA